AUGCAGGCGACGAUUGCGUCCCGGUGCUUGAGGGUCGCGAAUCGCGCCGUCUCUUCUCGAUGCUCCAAUCCUCUUUCACAUCCGGCGGCUCUGCGCGCGCCACACGCCGCGCCUCAGCCCCUUCACCACUCCGUCUUUACCGGAGCUCCGAGUCUCUCAAGUCAAUGCAAAAGGCUGUGGACCUCAGCCCGAACGACGUCGUCAGUGCCCAAGAUCAAGGCCUUCCUGUCCGAUUUUCCGUCCACACCUCCUCAGAAACCCGGUUCGUCGCCAAAUGGGCCCGCGCUGUUCUCAACCGAUGCAAAUGGUGCACCGAAGCAAGAGCCGGCGAAGCUGGCGAAGAAAGCCGUGUCUCCCCAAGGGCCUGUUGCCGACGCCAAAAUCAUGGGGACUCUGGCUAAGUACCUAUGGAUGAAAGAUAAUCUUGAGUUUCGGCUUCGAGUAAUUGCUGCUCUGGGCCUUCUGAUUGGCGCCAAAGUAGUGAAUGUUCAGGUGCCAUUCUUGUUUAAGCUCGCUGUUGACUGGCUAGCAACAACCACCGGCAAUCCUGGUGCUCUUGCUGAGUUUACAGCUGCUAAUUCUACUUUUCUAGCUAUUUUUGCGACCCCAGUUGCUGUUCUGAUUGGAUAUGGUAUAGCGCGAGCUGGGGCUUCCGCAUUUAAUGAACUACGAACUGCAAUAUUUUCUAAGGUGGCAUUGAGAACGAUUCGGCAAGUUUCACGAGAGGUGUUUUCUCAUUUGCAUGAGCUCGACUUACGGUAUCACCUUAGUCGAGAAACGGGUGCUCUAAAUCGGAUUAUUGACCGUGGUAGUCGUGCUAUAAAUUUUAUUCUAGGGGCGAUGGUCUUCAAUGUUGUACCUACUCUGUUAGAGAUAUCAAUGGUUUCUGGCAUUCUCGCUUAUAAAUUUGGAUCUCCAUUUGCAUGGAUUACUUCCUUGUCUAUGGCAGCCUAUAUAGCUUUCACAUUGGCUACAACACAGUGGAGAACCAAGUUUAGGAAGGCGAUGAAUAAAGCUGAUAAUGAUGCUAAUACACGUGCAAUUGAUUCUUUAAUUAACUACGAGACUGUCAAGUAUUUCAACAAUGAGUCUUUUGAAGCUGAUAAAUAUGAUGAGUUCCUGGAGAGGUAUGAAGAUGCUGCAUUAAAGACUCAAAGAAGUCUUGCCUUUUUAAACUUUGGCCAGAGUUUGAUUUUUAGCACAGCUCUAUCAACUGCUAUGGUUUGGUGUUCCAGUGGGAUUAUGAAUGGCAAUAUGACUGUAGGAGACUUGGUCAUGGUGAACGGGUUACUCUUUCAACUCUCUCUUCCACUCAACUUCCUUGGAAGUGUAUAUAGGGAAACCGUUCAAAGUUUGGUGGACAUGAAGGCCAUGUUCCAGUUACUUGAGGAAAAAUCGGAAAUUGUGGAUGCAGAUGAUGCCCAACCCUUGCAAUUAACUGGGGGCAGCGUUGAAUUCAAGGAUGUCCACUUCAGUUAUCUGCCAGAAAGGAAAAUUCUUGAUGGUAUAUCAUUUGUUGUGCCUGCUGGGAAAAGUGUGGCUAUUGUUGGAACCAGUGGAAGUGGGAAGUCGACUAUUCUAAGACUGCUUUUCAGAUUCUUUGAUACACACUCUGGACAUAUUAAAAUAGAUGGUCAAGAUAUUCGGACAGUUACACUUGAGAGCCUUAGGCAGUCCAUUGGCGUUGUUCCGCAAGAUACUGUGCUGUUCAAUGAUACUAUAUUCCACAACAUUCACUAUGGUUGUCUUUCAGCUACAGAAGAAGAGGUAUACAGUGCUGCUCGUCAGGCAUCGAUUCAUGACACCAUAAUGAAUUUCCCAGAGAAGUAUCAGACUGUGGUUGGGGAAAGGGGACUUAAGUUAAGUGGCGGUGAAAAGCAACGAGUAGCACUUGCUCGUACAUUCUUGAAAGCACCUCGUAUACUGUUCUGUGAUGAAGCUACAAGUGCGCUUGAUAGCACAACGGAGGCAGAGAUAUUAAAUGCUCUGAAAUCGCUGGCGAAUAAUCGAACUGCAAUAUUUAUUGCCCACCGGCUCACAACAGCCAUGCAGUGUGAUGAGAUCGUAGUUUUGGAGAAUGGGCGAGUGGUGGAACAGGGCCCACAUGAUGUUCUGUUGUCGAAGAUGGGCAGAUAUUCUCAGCUUUGGUCACAGCAGAAUUCAACUGUUGAUGCUCUUGAUGCAGCCGUCGACUCGGUUGCAUGA